AAACCCUUCUUUUCAAUUUUUCUUUCUCACACCAAUAAAAUAACACUAUCAUAAAAUAAAAUAAAAAACCAUAUCCCUCUCUCUUUAUUCCCCCUCUUCCAACCCCAAUUCUCCUUUAUAUAUAAAGCCUUCUUCUAAAAACCUUCUUCAACACUAACACAACCCCAUCAUCACUUGCACCUUAUUGUUCAACAACAAAUACCCUAUUGGACUUGGAGCUUAUUAGAUCAAUCUCUUUCAAAACAAAGUUCUCUCAUGGCUUCUUCUUCUACUCUUACAAUAUCUCCAAGGAAGCUGCGCUAUGAUCUCUAUUCCUAUUCAUACAAAGAAGACUCCAACACCCCAUUAGUGAUAAAUGUUCUGGCUUCACUCAUUGAGAGGAGCAUGGCUAGAACACAAAGGAUUGUGAAGAACUGCUCCAAUGCUUUGUCCAAAGUCAUAAGCACAAACAUCUUUGAUUGUAGAGAGAUUCCUGAUAUGACCAUCGAAUCCUAUCUAGAGAGAAUUUUCAGGUACACUAGAGCAGGACCUUCAGUGUAUGUUGUGGCCUAUGUCUAUAUUGAUCGGUUCUGCCAAAACAAUCCUGGGUUUAGAAUCAAUACCAGAAAUGUGCAUAGACUUCUUAUAACUACUAUCAUGGUGGCUUCUAAGUAUGUGGAAGAUAUGAAUUUCAGGAAUUCAUACUUUGCAAGAGUUGGUGGCUUGAGAACAAAUGAAUUGAACGAGUUGGAGCUUGAAUUUCUUUUCUUGAUGGGUUUCAAAUUGCAUGUUAAUGUGAGUGUGUUUGAGAGCUAUUGCUGCCAUUUGGAGAGGGAAGUCAGCAUUGGAGGAGGGUACCACAUUGAGAGAACACUAAGGUGUGCUGAAGAGAUCAAAGCAAAGAACAUAGAAGAAAGGGGUUACACACAAAUCACGCGUGUAAUGUUGUAGAAUGGUUAGGGAAUUUUGGCUGUUUUAUCUUUUAAUUUUUUUUUGCCUGCAAAUCAAGAAAGGUAGUUUGUGUGUAAAUAUGAGUGUAAACAUACAUAUUUGUUGGGGGAUUGAGAUUUUAGAGCAUAGGUGAGGCAGAGCGAGAGCGAUGGAUAAAUUUGUCUUGUUUCAUCACAAGGAAACAGUGGAUUUUAAUUAUGAAAAGUUUUGGAAUUUUAAUUAUUUGUUAAUAUAUGAA